GUUGGACCUUGUAUGAAAUGUGUUACUUACAGAUCAUUCCUAAACAAACAAUAAUUCUAUUCGGCCUGUCGAUUAACUAUUCAGUGUACAAUGUAGUCCCAUUUUAUAAAGCAAAGUUUUGACUAAAAAAAAAAAAUAGUUUUUUAGUGGACAUUAAUUUUUUGUGGUCCGAGCAGCUCUUCACGAAUUAUUAUUCGCUAAUUGUCUCCGUACCGCGAUCUGAAUAAAAAAUACGAGCAGUUCCGCCGCACGCAUGCAUAAAUUAUAACAGAAUAUAUGGAACUGUUUCUUAUACUUAUAUGGGAGGCCAGGAAACGUCUAUUCAACGUUACUGGUAGUCACUGCUCAGCCAUAUUGAAAGCCUCAACCCUUGUUUCCUUUGGUUUGGUGUUUUGUAUGGAGCAACGGAUUCAAGUUCAUGUUCAUUUUACCUACGAAAUGUGGUCCUGUCUGCCACAAGCUACUAACGACUUAUACUGCCAUGUGCUAAUGCUUGCGUCAGAAUCAUUGCUGUCGCGCAUGAUGUGAAUGAUUAUUAUUGAGACCUGUGAUAUAGAUAUGUAACAAUUGUUGUAGCUAGGGAUAUCACUCACCACAAUGUAUUAGGCAAUGUUAUUGAAUCUGAUAGCUAUGGACAUCCAAAGCAAUUUCUAGCUCUAACCCAUCCAAUUAUUGACAAUAUUUUAAACUUUACCAAAGAGAAAGGUUCUCUUGAAACGGAUUCAAUUGAUCAUGUCAAAGUUUUAUUUAUUCACUUCAUAUCCAUAAGUGUCGGAGUGAGAUUUUUUUAUCAAAUAUUCUUUGUCAACAUCAUAGCUCCCUGAGGAGACCUUUUAACUCGUGCCAAGAGCUAAGCAGUUGGACGUGUGUUCAUCUGGUAUGGAUAGAAUGCGAAGCGGACUAGUCUUAAGGUGCCGUAUUUAGGUACUGGAUAGUUUUAGCUUCGUUUCAAAGGUUAAAAAUUUUUUCGAAGUAUGACGUUGGCUUAAUUUAUCCACCGAGUUUUUAUGAUUUACCCUGACGCAAUAACUAUGAUGUUUGUAAACAAAAUAUUUCAAAGGACAGGCAACUGGGAAUUUUUGCAAUUCAAAUUGAUAGCUGCACUAUUGAGAAUAGGCUGCACUUUGCGUUCCAACGGACCUUGAUGAAUUUCGAAAUCAUCUUUUUUUUUUAUUAAAUCUUUCGUCGUAUCGCCGAAUGCAGUUGAAUCGGGAAUAUCACAUUUAAAUUCGAAAUCAAUUGAUGUAGCAUAAUUUCCUUUGUACUAAUGAUAAAUCAUUCAUCUGUGCGGGAAUUGAAACCGCAGGAAUGAAGAACGCUGGUUAAAAAGCAAACAUAUCACGGUCUGGUGCAUAGUACAGGUACAAUAUCAGGUCGACAACACUGCAGUAGUAUGUUUGCUCGGUGUACUCUUCAAUUUCAUUCUACUAGUAUCCUUCCUGGAAACUCAAGAAUCGACAACGUUGUUUGCAGCUGUAUAGAAAACUUUUUCUCCGAAGUUUGGCCGCAAAAUUUGUUUACCUGCGCCCCAUAAAUCCGAGUGUGAAAUGAAACCGUUGGUUAAAAUUCGAAUGGUAAAAACCAAAAAGGAUCAAGUUUCUCCUCAUUGAGGAACCCAAACUUUUACGACCUGCAUCCUUUCUUUUCGUUUUUUGUUCAGUCACCUUCAGGCUAAACAUUUGCCAUUCACUGCAAUUAUCUUGCUGCUGGGAUUCAUAUAAGUACAUAUGGAAAUUCCACCUCUGCAACUCUGCAGGUUUUCAAACGAAGAAUAGGUAGCUCAAUACAACAGGGAGCACCCACGAAAAUCUAUACUAAUAACGUAACUUAAUAUUAUAAAUAACAAUGCACGUACAAAUCAUGGUAAAGUGAUAUGUACUUGCGGCUAGUUUUUUUUGAGAAAUAUGUAUGAAAAAAUAGUGUUCUAUUUCGGAGAGAGAUUCAAAGUUAUUUUGUACUCAACGCAGAAACCGCACUCAAUGUGUCACUCAUUUGAAGCGUUAAGAAUCAAAGCGAAUUCUUUUAUGACUAUUUAUUAUUAUUGCACCGCCAAAAUGGAAAUCCUAGAAAUCUUCGAUAUAAUACUUAUGAUUCAUGUGGAACAGCGACUUUGAUGCUGAGAUAAUAAAUUUUUCGUACCGUUAUUCCCUGUACUUCUCUUAUAAUGUCAAGUACGUGGGUUUAAUUACUGGCCAUACAAGUAGCGCGACGAUUUCAACUCAAUUCCUCGAUUGUAUACAGAAAUCAACAAAGCGUGGUAUUCACACGGCCGUGAAUAAUUAUUAUGUCUACAUCGUCUACACGAAAAUCCACAUCGAGGGUGGUGUAUUGUACCUCAGGUUCCAGGAUCCAGGAUCAGUUACGGGAAUUGGAAACCCAGGAUUACAAAAAUGUAAUAAUAAUUCCAAAAUGAGGAUCGGUGAAUAAUGUUCGUGCGUACAGUGUAGAUUCGAAGAUUUUCAUGCCACCCAAAAUAAUACGCUACUAUGAAUAAGCGUAGGUGGUUGAGAUGCUGAAUCUCCUUGUAUCAUCGCCUUCUGCAGAAUAGGAUUCCAGCUUGGGAGCGAAUCUAGAAAAUUUAUUAUCAGCAACCAUGAACAUUAAUUCGAACGUCAAUCUUUGAAUAAUAGGUUGAAGAAAUUUUCUUCCCCGAAGAUAUUUAUAAUCCUACAAAGCCCCUUGGGGAAAACAUAUGGAACAUACUAUAGAAAUGUUUGUUAGAAAUUUGAAAAAUCGUUACAAUGACCAACAAUGUUCAGUCAACGCCCUUGGCGACAUCAUUGUAUUUUGAUAUCGCGCACAUGCGUAAUUAAUUCCACCCACGUGAUUUUAAUCUAAUUCAUCUUACACUAUAAUAUCCCAUGAGUUUGAGAACCUGUACCAAACACGUCUUUAUCUCGUUUGCAUUCGGUUUCAUUCGGUUCCAGUAAUCCGAUGUCUCAAACCAAUUUUAUACAUAUGUAUGUAUAUUAAAUAUAAGCUGCUUCAAGUUCGAAUCGUACUGCGUCAGUGAAAUUUCAAUCGGCGCACGCGCAGUUGUUACAGCUUUGGUUCUUUUUCUUUCGUCUAUUCGGUGCGCUCUGUUCAGUUCUUUUUUCUAUUUUCAAUAAAUUAUUAUUAUUGUUAACAUUGUUAUUAUAUUCUAUACUCGCCUCUCCGUUUUGUUCAUCGGUCGCACUGUCGCGUUGUCCGCCGCGAGAACAAUCUUGGACAAUGGCAGAGGCGCGGUGCCGUAAUAGUAUAACAAGUAGCGUCUGCAGUCAGAGUUAUUCACGAUUACAAAAUAAUAUUAAUUAUAAUAAUAGCAAUAUCAUUGUUGUAACUGAAAAAACAAAAACGGUGGUUAACGAAAAAUUGUGCAGUUGUUAUUUGAUAAAUGAAUUGUAAUAAUAAACUAAUAUAAUGAUUUAAAAAAAUGCAGAUAAAUACAGCUCAGACGCGUCCAUAGGAUAAAAUAUUAAUUUAUAUACAGACUAAAAUAUUGUAAGAUUCAUUCAUACAGGAAUACAGACUGAUAUUCUUAUAGACCUGCAACCUGAUCAUGGCAUCGGUUCGCGUGGCUGUCAGGGUUCGGCCUUUCAAUAAAAGGGAAUUGGCUAUGAAUGCUAAAAUGAUUAUACAAAUGGAUGGCAAAAGGACUAGGAUAUUUAAUACCAAGACACCAGGAAGCUGCAGAGAUAUCGAUGGAGAAAAAUACAAAGAUUUCACAUUUGAUCAUUCUUAUUGGUCUUAUGAUAGUGAAGACGAAAAUUAUGCUUCCCAGGAAGAGGUUUUCUAUGAUCUGGGUACCGACGUGAUAGAAAGUGCCUUCUCGGGUUACAAUGCCUGUGUUUUUGCUUACGGUCAAACUGGAUCUGGAAAAACAUUUACAAUGAUGGGUACUCCGGAAUCCCAGGGACUCAUUCCAAGGAUAUGCAAAACUUUGUUUGCUAGAAUGACAGCAGGCAAGGAAGGUGGUGCUUCGUAUAGAACGGAGGUAUCUUUUUUGGAAAUACAUAAUGAGAGAGUAAGAGACUUAUUGAGGCCUGAUCAAUCGCAGUCACAUUCUUUGAGGGUGCGUGAACACCCCAAACGAGGACCCUAUGUACAAGAUCUAUCCAAUCAUCUUGUAUACGACUACUCUGAUAUUCAAGAAUGUAUGUUGAGAGGUAACACACAUAGAACAACUGCAAGCACAAAUAUGAAUGACGUUAGCAGUAGGAGCCAUGCAAUAUUUACAAUAACUUUUGUCCAAGCCGGUUUUUCUGGCAAUAUGCCAUCUGAAACGGUUUCCAAGGUACAUCUCGUCGACCUGGCUGGAAGUGAGCGUGCCGAUGCAACAGGAGCAACAGGGCAACGGCUAAAGGAAGGAGCUCACAUAAACAAGUCCCUGGUGACUUUAGGUUCUGUGAUAUCAGCGUUAGCUGAAGUCAGUUCAAGUUCUUGUUCAAGUGACUCAACAAAUUACUCGAAGCGGAACGUUUUCAUUCCCUAUAGAGACAGUGUGCUAACUUGGUUGCUCAAAGAUUCUCUGGGCGGUAAUUCAAAAACUAUAAUGAUUGCUGCCAUUAGCCCAGCGGAUUGUAAUUACGGGGAGACACUCAGUACUCUGAGGUAUGCCAAUAGGGCAAAGAACAUUAUCAAUAAACCAACAAUAAACGAAGAUGCCAAUGUUAAACUCAUCCGUGAACUCAGGGAGGAGAUUCAGAAGCUCAAAUCUUUGAUAGACAAAGACGCGAGUGUAGAAAGACCUCCACAGGUGCUACUUGCGCAAAUUCAUGAAAAGCAGGAGCAAGAAAAAGUCUUGACUGAAGAAUGGGCUGAAAAGUGGAGAGAAACGCAGCUUAUAUUACAGGAACAGCGUGCUCUGGGGUUACGUAAAAGUGGAGUUGGUGUCGUGCUCGACUCCGAAAUGCCACAUUUAGUUGGUAUAGACGAUGACCUCUUAAGCACCGGAGUCACACUCUAUCAUUUGAAAGAAGGGAAAACGCUUAUUGGAACAGAAGACGCCGCGGUAUCGCAGGAUAUAGCUUUAUCAGGAGUAGAUGUAGAGCCCGAGCAUUGCAUAGUGGAACUAGUCGAUGGAAUUGCAACGCUGCAUCCUCUGUCUCCUAAUUGCUGGAUAAAUACGGCUCAGGUUGAUAAGGCUACUAGGUUAUCGCAGGGCUGCAUAAUUCUUCUUGGAAGAAACAAUAUGUUUAGAUAUAACGAUCCUGCUGAGGCAGCUAAACUCAGAAAAGAAGGUGGGAUUGGAAAUGGAAAUCUUCAAUCUACCGUUGUCAACCUCUCUAGAUUGUCUCUUCUCAGUUGGAGCGUGUCAGACCUCCACGCUUCCUCAUCCAAUGAUAAUUUAUUGAACUCUAGUGAGGAUUUAAAAGCCAUUGAAGAGCUGGAGCACCAAAAAGCUCUUCUUCUCAAAGAAAAGGCAGACUUCAAGCGUGAACAAGAGGAGCGAGAAGAGAGAUGGGCAGCAAGAAGAGAAGCUCUUGCAGGAGCGCAGCGGGAGCUUGAACGAGAAUGGGGUGCCCAAUGGCGAGAAUGGGCGGAAGCAUUAGCGCAGCUUGAAACUCGUCAACAAGAGUUGAGGUCAAGGCGAAAUGCUCUGGAACAGGAACGUCGGGACGAAAUGACUCAAGUAGAAAGUGUUUGUAGGGAAGUCAGCUCUCUCCGAACGAUUCUUCAAUCUAAACAACGCCAAUUCGAAGAGUUCAUUGACACGCAAAGCGAUAAACUACUGAAGAAGACAGAAGACGGCGUGAGCAGCGAUAUCAGUACACCUGAGUCUUGGUCAAGUUUGACUGAUCCCAACUCCGCUCAUGUUAUGAGAGAACUAGUCAAUCAUCACAAAAAAAAUUUGACUACGCUAGAACUGGAGCUCCAGAAUAAAGUAAAGUGUCUAAACGAUCAUAGAAUAAAGGUUGAUUUGAUCGACGGCGAAUUGAUGGAGGUUGCAGAAAACCAUCAGAGAAUUCUAGCCUUGGAACUUGACAACGGUGAGCUCAGCGAGAAGAAAUUACUUUUAGCAAAGCGCACGCAAGAACAACUUCAGGAAAUUCUUCAACGUAAACAAAGCCUAUCUCUAAACCUGAAGCGGGUUGGUCCAUCUUCUGGAAAUAACUCCUUGAGUGAAGAUGAUGAGGUAUCUUCAAGUUCGGACCUUAAGUCGCUGCAGGAUGAAUGCAAUCGAAAAUUGAAGAUCGCUUCUGCACUAAACCUGCUAUACGACUACGAUAUGCCACUUUCAAUCGAAACUACCGACACUUUUCACACAGCAGCUGCAGAUUCACCUCCAGCAUUCCUUGAAGGGUUUCAAAAGGAUGAUUUAGAACUGGAUGAUCAGGAAUCCGACAACAAGAUCAAGUCUGAAUAUACAAGUGCAAAGGAAUUCUGCGGCCCUAGUACCAGUGCCAGUCUGAAUCAAAGUCCCGAAAUCUCUGUUGAUGUUCACACAGAGGGAAAAGUAGCAGAGAUGAUAAAAAGAGGAGAUUCUGAUAACAUUCUAGAGAGUAAUAAAGUCUCAGAUAUAACAAUGCGAGAUAGUUUGUCAAUGGAAAGCCUUACCACUGACGAAUCUCCACAGCAUCAAUCGCUGAGAAGGUUGCAGCAGAGAGUUGCUAGGCAAAGGAUAUUAAUAAUGCGAAUGCUUGGAACCAACGCAUCUAAACAGGAUCUCAAUCAUCAAAUCGCCAUCCUCCAGGACCUACAACUGCAGCAUAUUGCCCUUGAAGUUUCACUUUUUGAAAAUAAUCAGCAUAUAAAUCACGACGGACUUAAUACUGAUGGAGGAAUUCCCUCGCAAGAGGGAACCUGUUCUGGAAUUAAUUCAGAACCCGAAGUCAGAAAUUCACCUACAAUUUUAAGGGAGACACAAAAACCUUGUAUGGAUAGAAUGCAACAGCAUAAUAUCUCAAGGGAGUCGCCCAGCCAAACCUAUACCUCGGUUUAUCUGACGAGCAGGAACCGCUCGGAUCAUUUGAGCAGUCCUUAUUCUUUGACGAUCACGAGAUCUUUGCCAUCGUUAAUUGCCAGUGAUAAUGAAGCUGACAAUAUCGUUAACUUGAUUGUCAGCGUUCCUUCUUACGUUGUAAGAGGUGCUGGCGCUUCAAGUCAUUACGAGUACGAAGUCCGAGUUGUUGCCAGAGAUGAAACCUGGACUUUGCUGAGACGGUACCGAAGAUUUAGGGAACUCAAUAUAUCUAUGCGCCAAACAUACGGUGCUAAGAUCGGUGUGAUUCCUUUUCCUCCGCGUCAAUUUUUCAAGAAAUCGGAAGCAAUCGCAAGACAACGCCGGAAGCAGCUGGAGACUUACCUCAGAAGGUUGAUCCAAGUAUGUUCCGAAUUGCCGCUUUGUCAGUCUCUCUAUCAAUACAGCAGUGAUCUGAGUCAGGUCGACAAACAAGCCCUGUUGGACUUCAGUACGUUUUUUAGACGAGGAACCUUCGAGAGCAGCAAAUUUGGUACCAGUUAAUUAGUUCACCAAGUAUGAGUUCGAAACGAAUUUAAAUCGCUUAAGUUUUUAACGUGGUGCCCUGUGCCAGGUACAAUUUAAUUCGAGUACACAAAGCAAACGACAAAUGAUUGUGGAUAAUUGUAUCAUACAUAACAAUAUGAUUCGUUUCGACAAUUUCAUCAAGCAAAAAAAAUUCAGGUAGUUUUCCACUAAAAAAUCAAUAGCACUUGCAGCGUUUAUAAGUCAGUGAUGGCGUAUUUCAUUGGGCAUACACUGUUGGAUCAGUGAAAAACGUUGUAGGUAUUCGGCAGCAGUUUAAUUUGAGAACAACGAGGGGAAUUUUGACCGUUAUUAUAUCAAAAUCGUAAAAUGUUAUUUCGCGGUCAUUUUUACGUCUUCUCGCUCAACCUAAUCUUGAUCAUUUCUCCAUGUGCUUAGGUAAAUUAAUGCAGGAUAAAUACCCUUGACUUUAUUAAUUCGGGGUGGCGAUCACGAAAAAGUACAUCCACACAUAGUUAUAAUUUCAAAUCCUCUUUACUCCAACGGUAUUAAUUCAUUGCUCCAUAUAAGUAUACUCAUUCCUAAGCAGCAAAAAAGGAUGAGUUUGUUAUAAUUCAUGUACCUGAAAAUGUGUAUAUCAUUAUAUAAGUUCAUAAUCUACUUAUACUUUUUAUCAGGUAUACUAUGUGUUAUAUGUAUUGAAAAUUCUCCAGAGUUUAGUUAACGUUAUUCAAAUAUAAUCUAGCAAUUUACGUAUAGUUUAUACAAUCAUUGUGGUACUUCUCACUGCAUAUCAUACACAUAAUAUCUAUUCAUAAUUCUUAUAAAAAAAAUGUAAUUCAAUGUUUAUAAAAAAAAAAUUAUGUGCAACCAUAAUAUUUAUUGAUAUACAUAAUUCUGUUCAAAAGAUAUAAUUAACGACAUAUCGACAAAUCUCAUAUGAUUGUAAAAUUUUCCUUUCCAUCCAAUAUAUCUACGAAUGUGUGUAAUAUACUUUAUUUUGCAUACAAUAUAGUUUUUAUUCAGAGCUGUAGUUAUAUAUAUCGCUAUGUCCAUUCACUGUAACAUUAUCAUGUGCGUAUUAUGAUUACUCAUAGAAAAUGUUCUUUAUAACAAUACGUGCGUGGUUGGUUCCGACGAUAUAACGACCCUUAGGCAUACAAUAAAAAUCUUAAUAAUAACAAAAACAAUAACAAUUAAAAUAAUAAUAAUUACAGUAACAAUAACAAUAACGAUAAAGAUAACAAUAACAAUAGUAAAAUAACAAUAUCAAUAAAAAUAAUAAUGAUAUUAAUGAUAAUGAUAAUAAUAAUAAAUAAUAGAUAUAAUUAAACACGUUGUGAUCAGCUCGCCUAUAUUGCCUAUAAAGAAUGGUUUUCGUCAUAAAAUACAAACAAAUUCUAAUUUAGCCCCAGAAUCAAUAAAUCGUAUGAACAUGGCUUGUGCUUUUAAGCAGACGAUCAGAUGAUUGGUCUUGGAGCUUCCUAUUCUAGCUUAUUAUAUUUAAUGUAAAAAAAAUAAUAUGGACAAUAUAAAUAUAUGACUCGUUUUCAGUA